AUGGCAAAGCACUUGGAGAUCAUCAAUCUGUCAUUUUUGUUGGAACAUGAAAGGGAAAUGAUAUUGGGAGUAUUGAAGAGAGAUGAAUAUCUGAAAAAAGUUGAAGAUAAAAGGAUAAGGAAAUUGAAAAAUGAGCUUCUGGAAGUGAGAAGGAAAGGUGGAAACCGACACUGUCAACAGGACAACAGCAGAGUCUGUAUUCGCUGUCAGAAAAGCCUGGGCUUAAUCUUUGACAGAGGAGACCUGUGCCAAACCUGCAAGCUUAGAGUUUGCACUAAGUGUCGUGUCGUGGGAGCUGAUGGGCAGUGGAAAUGCUCGGUGUGUGCUAAGAUUGCACAGCUAAGGAUUGUGACAGGAGAAUGGUUUUUUGAAGAGAGAGCCAAGCGCUUCAGACAGUCAAAUCUUGGAACCGAUGUUGUCAGACAGUCUAUCCUACGCAAAUCCCCAGAUACAGUUUCCAGUAAGGAUGAAGAAAGAACAUUCACAGAUCAACCCCAAGAGAAUGAAGAAAAAGGGCCAGAUAUAUCAACCUCUUCCGUAACUGGGCAUAAAUCAGUCUUUGGCGGACCUAGAAAGAUAGGGAAGCUAAUUAGGGCAGUUACCAAAGGAGAAAUUACGUAUACAAAAGAUGAAAGUGGAAGGAACAUAGGCCCAGAAGCUGAAAGCCAAAGUCUGUGCAGUGGCAAGUCAACACCUUGUUCUGAGAGAGGGAGCACUCUUUCGCUGAACAGCAGCGAUACAGAAGCUGCUGCAGGCCAUCUGAAAGGGGCUGUGGGCCCUGCAAACAGAAGCAGUGUUUCCAUACCUUCCCUUCCGAGGUCUCCAGCACUGAGCACACGCAGCAUGACUGCAGAUUAUAGCAGGAACACUGGCUUAGAAAAUGGCGUGGUUAUUCCAGCAAGUGAAAGUGUACCUGAAGAUUUAGUAAAGAAGCAGCAUAGGAGGAAAGCAUCUGGAACACCUUCCAUUGCAGUUUCUAGAGUAUCUUUGUCAUCAGACCGUAGCCGAUCUGAGAUAGAUUUGAGUGAAUCUUUUUCUGAAGGAAAAGAGGAUACCCUGAGCAUAAGAAGCAAAUCUGUACCUAGUGCCUUAGAUGAGGACCUGGAUUACCUGGAUGAAACAGAAGAAGAUAUUGAUGACAUAGUGGCCUCUCGUUAUUCAAGGAAACAUGGACAUCUGACAAGUGCAUUAUCAAGAAACUUCUCAGAAGCCUCUGACAGAAAAUGGACCUACUUAAAUGUGCCUGAAACAGAUGGUGAUACUACAAGCAUUAACAGCAUGCUGAGUGUAUAUAGUGAAACUGGUGACUAUGGCAACGUGAAGGUCAGUGGUGAAAUCCUGCUCCAAAUCAACUACAGCUACAAAACAGGUGCCCUCAACAUCUUGGUGAAAAGCUGCAGAAACCUGGCUGUUGCAGAUGAGAAAAAGCAAAGGACUGAUCCAUAUGUCAAAGCAUACCUUCUACCUGAUAAGUCCCGCCAAAGUAAACGCAAGACCAAAAUUAAAAGUAACAGCACCAAUCCAGAAUUUAAUGAGACGCUGAAGUAUGUCAUCAGUCAUACACAGCUAGAAACCAGGACCCUGCAGCUUUCUGUCUGGCACUAUGACAGAUUUGGACGCAACAGCUUUCUUGGAGAAGUGGAAAUUCCAUUCGAUUCCUGGAACUUUGAAAAUCAGGGCGAUGAGUGGUUUGUGCUCCAGCCCAAGGUGGAGGUUGCAACAGAUGUUGGGCUUCAGUAUAAAGGAGAACUGACAGUUGUUUUACGUUACAUUCCCCCAGACAGAAACCUAAUGCUUCCUCUAGGGCAGUUUCAAGGAAAGAAGAGCUUUAAAAAAGGAAAAAAGAGAGAGACUCAUCUGCCAUCUGGAGGUAUAUUAGAAGUCCUCAUCAAAGAAGCUAAGAAUUUAACAGCGGUGAAAUCAGGAGGCACAUCAGACACUUUUGUGAAAGGAUACCUGCUCCCAGAUGACAGCAAAGCUACAAAACACAAAACUCCCAUAAUAAAAAAGAAUGUGAACCCCCAGUGGAAUCAUACAUUUGCUUUCAGUGGCUUGAAUUCCCGGGAUAUACAUAAUGUCUGCCUAGAAUUAACUGUGUGGGACAAGGAGUCGCUCUCCAGUAAUAUUUUUCUGGGAGGUGUCCGUUUGAGCACUGGAAGUGGUGUAAGUAAUGGCAAGGAGGUUGACUGGAUGGACUCUCAAGGAGAAGAGCAGCACCUCUGGCAAAAGAUGAUUGACAGUCCUGGAGCUUCUGUGGAGGGGAUAUUAAUGUUGAGAUCCAGCAUGGGAAAACGUAGACUCUGA